AUGUCGUCAGCUUCCCUGUUUGCUGACUCAUGGCUUCAGAAUACAGCUCCAAGGGAAGAAAUUACCCUUUUGCCUACAAAGAUGUGCAGCAGACAAGCUAUUGGGCUGGCAUUGCUCCCUACACAUCCCAGCACUAACAGGCCCACACGAGCCACCUACGGCGCUCACCAGCAGGCACCAAGCAAGACCACAGAGCUUGCAACACCAAGGACCCCCGGAGUCCCGCACCGCACAGCUGCCCCCUUCACGGCGCCCGUCCCUCAGCACCGCCCCCACCAACGGCCACCCACGGCCCGCGCCCCAGCCCCGGGAACGGAGCUGGCCAAUCAGCAGGCGGCACCGCUGACAGGCAGGAACCGGCAAAGGGUGACGCGUCGCAGCUGAGGGGCGGGACGGCUUUUCACUCCCAAUCUUCUCAGGCCGAGCUCUCUAAUUGGCUAUUUUUCCGCCAAGAUGUCCAAUCAGAGAGUGUCUUGCAGAAGCCGGCUGAACCUAUCAGAGAGGCGUUUCUUCUUCCGCCUCGGUAGUUUGAAACCCUUGCGCCCGGCGGACGCUCCGACCGUUGUCCGCAGGAUGUCAUCAGAUGAGGAGAAAAGCACAAGUCCAGUUUUGCUGAAAGACUCAGUUCAGGGCAUUUCUGUUUCUUCAGAUGUUCAGAUUUACUCAGUGAAGGAGUGUACUGAGGUCAAUAUGGAACAACUUUGCCCUGUUUCAGAAGAGACUUCUUCACAAGAGUCGACGCACAUUCCAAGAGAAAUUGAUGAAACCAUAGUAACUGAAUUAACUGUACCUGAUGAAAAAGUUACUCAAAUAGAAAAUAUACUUGAUCUCUGGAGUGGAAGUCUUAAGACAAAUGUUCUGAGUGAAUUGAGAAAAUGGAAAUUAAGUUUUAUCGAACAUCACAAGCAUCAAAUGAGACAAGAAAAAGAGAAACAUGCUGAACAUGUGAAACAAUUGAAUAAUGAGAUGGAAAACCUGAAAGAGUUGCUACAUACUUAUGAGAUCUCUAUUGGCAGAAAAGAUGAGGUGAUUACUAACAUGACAGAAGCAUUAGAGAGGAAGAAAGAGAAAAUAGAGUUAAUGAGAAUGUUUACACUGUGGCGGAUUCAGCAAAUUAAAGCUAAACAAGAGGAAUAUGCAAACAAAAUAGCAGAUAAACAGUUCCAGACAGCUUUGAAGAAGAAGGUAUGGACAGCAUGGCGCUCUCUCAGUGAAGAAAGAUGGAAAGAAAAAGUAGCUAAAGCCUGUCAGUUAAGGGCAGAAGAUAUCUGUGUUCAGCUUACCAAUGAUUAUGAAGCCAAAAUUGCAGAGCUAACUGCUACUUUGGAACAAACAAGAGCUGAGAUUCUGCGUCUGCAUAAUGAAAGAGAGCAGUAUGAAGACACUAUGAAGAAAGCAUUUAUGCGUGGUGUUUGUGCUUUGAAUCUGGAAGCAAUGACCAUGUUUCAAGGCAAGGACAAUAGGACAGAUCCCGAUUCAGGAAGUAGGAGAGAAGAUAAUGGUGCCAUUAUAGCAGGAAGGCUACCUCAUUCACAGUACAGUCCCCCUUCACCACCCCCUGCACCAGCAACUGCUCUUCCCACGGAAGACUUGUUUUCUACUCACCUGGGUCAUGCAAGCACUUCUCAGACAAGGCUAGAUUCUGAUUCUCCAGUAAUCAUCCCUGGCACAGCUGCAGGAUCUGGGCUGGCAUCAACUCAGAAAUUGCCCAUGGCAAAAGUAAUAACAUCUGCUCAACAGAAGGCAGGGAGAACAAUCACUGCUCGAAUCACAGGCAGAUGUGAUAUGGGACAAAAACACAGAAUUUGUGGUAGUUUAGCAGUGAUGGGAGUUGCUCCACCCAUGAGUUCGGUCAUUGUUGAAAAACAUCAUCCGGUCACUCAGCAAACCAUAUCCCAAGCCACUGCUGCUAAAUAUCCUCGAACUGUGUUCCUUACUUCUGGUUCUACAACUGUGAGACCUGCAGGACAAGUUGGGCGAAUGCUUCAGAGCCAAACUCAUACCAGCGUUCAGUCAAUAAAAGUUGUUGACUGAGUAAAUAUCUUUCACUGGUGGAGGUUUUUAUCAAGAUAAGUAUUUUAAACCUCUUCCCAGUCUUUUCAAAGCUUGACGUAGCAAGACCUAAAGUGUGCAUCAUGUUUUCAGCCCUUUUAACAAAAAAAAAGUGUUUGCAGAAAGCUUCUGGAGGGGAAAACGACCUUGAAAUGUUAUUCUACCUCCUAAUUGAAAACUUGGUUAUUAAGAUAAACACUUUAUUUAAAUAAAGAAUCUUUUGCACAUUUUCAA